ACACCAGGAGCUAACUCUGCCUCUAGGUUCACUCCUUUUGCCGGAUCUCUGCAAAUGCCAGUGAUUUGUUUUAACAGCAACUAAACCAACUGGGAGCGCACCGAAAGGUAAUUGGUUGGAUUCCACUUUGGACUCCUGAGCAAGUUUGAAGAGAAAGGAGUAACAGAUGGAACAACAUCAACAUCCAGUCAUUGGGUAUGUUUUCUGUCUAUACGGCUUGUAACACAUGCAUUUUGAUGAAGAUCUUGGAAGAAAGCUGGAACAAUACCAACCUCCCCUCCCCCCUGACAGAGAUGUGACCUUCGGAGACUUGAUCAGCAGUUUGGAAUUAGCUUGGAACCAUUCCCUGUAGCAGUCGGUGGCUGUGGAAAGACCUUCAGUGACUUCCAAGGCUGGAGCUCAGAACGGGGUGAUGAUCAGAGAAGGUGUCGUUGUGGUGGGUACCUGUCGUUCAGGAAUGAUGUUUUCCAAGAAGGAAGCAGGAGACAGUUGGAGUUGAGUGCUGGUUGGAAGCUGCAUUCUAACACUGUCUGAAUCUCACUGGGAAGUCUGUGAGAUGGCUAACAAACACUGCUCCCAUGUUCAACCCAUGAGGCUCUUAAAUACCAUCUACAGUUGGUGAAACCAAGCAAGCAGGAUAUAUUAGCAUGGCCACAACCUUCUGAACCUCUGCCUAGGGGAUUCUAAAUUUGGAUUUAAUGUGAUGGAAUUCCCACCAGAAAUGAACAGACACGAAAGGAAACCUGUAAGCCACAAGGUUGAAGAUCAAAAGAAGAUUUAUACUGAUUGGGCCAAUCAUUACUUGGCCAGGUCUGGUCAUAAACGACUGAUCAAGGAUUUACAACAAGAUGUCGCUGAUGGAGUUUUACUGGCAGAAAUCAUCCAAAUUAUCGCUAAUGAGAAGAUUGAAGCUAUCAACAGUUGUCCCAAAAGCCAGGCCCAGAUGAUUGAGAAUGUCGAUGCUUGCCUCAGUUUUCUGGCAGUGAGGGGAGUUCGUAUCCAAAGUCUCUCAGCUGAAGAAAUAAGGGAUGGAAAUCUAAAAGCCAUUUUAGGGCUCUUCUUCAGCUUGUCUCGGUACAAACAGCAGCAGCAGCAACAAUACCAAGAUCUGAUAGAACUCCAGCAGCGUGUGCAGCAUCAGUCAUUACCGAACAGCUCAGCCUGCCCUCAAAGGGGACAGCCAGACAUGCAGUCCAGACUCCCAGGACCCUCCAGGGGCCCAGCAGCAGGGAGCACGACGAAGGUCCAGGGAUCGAACAACUUGAAUAGAAGGAGCCAGAGUUUCAACAGCAUUGAUAAGAACAAGCCCACGCAGUAUGCAGCUGGCUGCGAGAAAGAGCCAUCCAAGAAUCCUCCAUUACCUUCGGCCAUGAAUGGGAAUUUUCCCCCGGCCCCCGGUACAGGGCAGUACGCAGCUUCUGCCAUCCCCUCCCCUGGCAGUGGUAAACCUUGGCGCAGUAAAUCGAUGAACGUCAAGCACGCUGCCACGUCGUCCAUGCUCAGUGUGAAGGUGCCCAGUCCUGCCACUUCUCCCACUGCCUCCAACGACAGGGUCCGAGGCACCGUGGCCGACUCUUCCAAGGCCCCCUCCAAUGGGCAGAAGUCCAUGCUGGAGAAGUUCAAACUGAUCAACAACAGGAUGUCGUCCAGGCCACCAGUCUGCCCGGGUUCUGGAGUUACUGAGGCUUCGAGGGAUGAAGGCCCUCCCUUGGAGUGUGGUGAGGUUGGGGGAGGGGGUUCUACGGCCAGCAGUCCCAAGACACAGUCCAAGGGAAUGGCCCAAAGGACGGGAAGCAAGUCCGGAGGCAAUAAGAAGGCCUCACCUCCAGCCAAAGAGAAAGACGAAAAGGAGAAGAGCAAAGGAGUGAAGUGUAAGGAGGAAAAGGCGAGUGAGGUGCCUAGGAAGAGUUCGAAAAUCGCCAGCUUAAUCCCAAAGGGAGGGAAACCUGCAGCAGCCAAAAAGGAGAUCCCCGCUUCCAGUGGGAUUCCCAAACCAGGAUCCAAGUUACCCACCGGAAAGUCGGGAUCAGUGCCUGGAGCCACAUUGACGAAGGAAGCUGAGAAGCCCAGGAGUGCCAAGGGGAGCUCGAGCCAGGCAUUGCAGAAAUCUCAGGCCAAUGGCAAAGCUUCCAGCUCAAGCAGCAUCACCUCCUUAGAGGGCAAAGGUGGCACCCUGGCCUCCUCACCACCGCCCUCCCUCAGCACUGCCGCUACGCCAGCUCCUGGAGUGGCCAACAGUGAGCAAGUGCCAGGCAAUGUCAUCGUGCAGCUCCCUCAACCUCAACAGCAACACAGCCACCCCAACACUGCCACUGUCGCCCCCUUCAUGUACAAAACCCACUCUGACAGUGAAGGCUCGUCUCCGCUGCCUGGUGACACAAGUGCCAGUCCGACCAAAAUGGAUUCCGUCUACAGCAAAACUGCCAAACAGUGUCUCGAGGAGAUUUCUGGUGAAGAUCCAGAAACCAGGAGAAUGAGGACGGUGAAGAACAUUGCUGAUCUCCGACAGAACCUGGAAGAGACCAUGUCUAGUCUGCGCGGGACCCAAAUAAGCCAUAGCACCCUGGAGACAACAUUCGACAGCACCGUCACUACAGAGAUCAACAGCCGGACCAUGGCAGCAGUGACCAGCAGAUCAUCGGCCAUGUCCUGGAGGCUUGGCCAGUCCAGCCCACGGUUACAGGCUGGUGAUGCCCCCUCCCUGGGCACUGGUUACCCUCCCCGACCCAACUCCAGCCGUUACAUCCACCCCGAUAGCUCGCGCUACGUAUACACCGCACCCCUCCGAAGGCCAGCAGGGUCAAGGGCCAGCAACAACUCCCAGCUGGAUAUCUCUGAGAAAGGGGGCUCUGAGCUCGACCUAGUGCUGUCUGAUGUGGAUGUGACAGGCUACAUGAGUGAUGGUGACUUACUGGGAAAGAACAUAAGGAGUGACGACAUUGGCAGUGGGUACAUGACUGAUGGAGGUCUGAACUUAUACACCCGCAGCAUGAACCGUAUCCCAGACAUAUCAGCUACACGUGAUGUUAUCCAGAGGGGUGUGCCUGAUGCCUCAGGAGAUGUUGACAGUUGGGAUGAUAGCAGCUCUAUCAGCAGCGGUCUCAGUGACACACUCGAUAACCUUAGUACUGAUGACCUGAACACAACCUCAUCUAUCAGCUCGUAUUCCAAUAUCACUGCUUCUUCCAGGAAGAAUAUCAGAACUCAGCCCAAGCCUGACACAGAGAAGCACUCAACAUCAGAAAAUGAAACCGCUUGGAGCGGGGAAGAUUUGAAGAAGCCGGAGGAGGGUCUUGACGUUUCGAAAAUGGACUUGAAUGAAAAGUGGAAGAGGAACCUGUCUGAUUUAUCAGAUGAUUCUGAGAAAGGACAAAGACCAUCUUUGUCGCUGUCUCAAACAGGAUCAUGGAGACGGGGUAUGACAGCACAAGGAGGAGUACCAACACCGCGGAACAAACAGCCCUUAAAAACACCAGUUGCAGGGAAAAUAGAAGAUGUUAAAGUUUCGGAGAAGGGAAAGGUGUCCUUAAAAAGCACAACCACCCAGCACUCUCCCUCGGAGGCAGGAAAGGGCAGUGGAGAUGAAGGGAAGAAGCCUCCAUCUGGAAUUGUAAGAACACCUACGGCUGGCUCCUUUGGAUUUAAGAAAGCAGGUGUCUGCUCAUUGACCGUCAGUACCAGCAGUGGGGUGACAGUGACCAGUGGCUCUGCCACACUGGGGAAAGUGCCCAAAUCUUCUGGUAUCCCCAGCAAGUCGAGCUCUGUUAGAAAGACAAGCCUGGAUGAUUCGCAGAACCAGGAGGAUGGGAUCCUGCUGAUCAGCUCCAGAACUAACCUGCAGUAUCGCAGCUUGCCCCGGCCCGACAAGACCAGUGCUGGCACUAUAACCAGCCGUGGUGGGCAUCGUUCCAGUACCAGCAGCAUCGAUUCCAACGCUGGUGGAAAAUCAGCUGGCAACGCAGCUUCCAGGCUCAGAGAGCCUUCCAAGGUUGGCUCAGGCCAUUCCAGCCCCAUUAGCAUUACCCAAGGGGAGAGGGAGCGGGACAAGGCAGCCGCAGUGUCAGAUCCAGAAACAAUGUCACUGUCAAGUUCCCCAAAGUCCAGCCCUCCGUCCGUGAACAGCAGCGGAACCUCCGGAUUAAGGCAACAGGGUUCCAAGUAUCCCGACAUCUCCUCACCAACAUUCCGCAGGUUGUUUGGAACAAAGGCCAGUGGGAAAACGAGUAAUGUGCCUAGUUCUGAACCAGCAAAGUGCUCCUCUGUCAUCUCUAGCCCCCAUGCCUCUCUGAGCCGGCAGGUCAGCCUGGAGUCACCUUCCAUGGGGCCAGGGAGUAUUGCGAGUGGCCAGGGCAGUGGUGGAGGAAGCAGCUCCCUGAGCUGUAAACCUCCCGAGUUACCCACAGAGGGAAGCAGCCUGGCUUCAAGCCCGGCCUCCCUUCACUCACUAACCUCCAGUGCACACCAGCUAACAACCAGCCUUAGCAGCUCCCCAGGGGGCAGUAAGGACACACUGAGCUACCCUUCCCUGACCAGCCUGCACACCAGCUCUGAGUCGAUCGACCUCCCACUCAGUCACCACGGCUCUUUAUCUGGACUGACCACUGUGCCUAAGGGGGAUGUACCCAACCUGCUGCUGAGGACUGGGAGCGUCAAGUCAACAUUGUCAGAGAGUGUGCAACUAGAUCGAAACACCCUCCCUAAAAAGGGACUAAGGUACACCCCAUCAUCUCGACAAACAAGCCAUGAGGAAGGCAAAGAAUGGCUUCGCUCUCACUCAACUGGAGGCCUGCAAGACACAGUCAGCCAAUCACCUCUGCCCUCACCAUCUGCCAUCUCAUCCCCUUGCAGUGGCACAUAUCACUUCACACAUUUAGUGAGUCCUACAGCUGUGUCCCAGUUUCAUUUGUCUGGUCCCAGUAUGAUGCGCUCAAACAGCAUUCCCACUCAAGAUUCCUCAUUUGACUUGUACGGAGAUUCCCAACUGUGUGGAAGUGCCAAUUCCCUAGAAGAUCGGCCAAGGACAAUCAGCAGAUCCGGAUCAUUCCGGGACAGUAUGGAGGAAGUCCAUGGCUCUUCGCUCUCACUGGUAUCAAGCACAUCAUCUCUUUACUCCACAGCUGAAGAGAAAGCACAUUCUGAGCAAAUCCGAAAGCUGCGCAGAGAACUGGACACUUCCCAGGAAAAGGUCGCCUCCCUCACCUCUCAACUUUCGGCUAAUGCUCACCUCGUGGCUGCUUUUGAGCAGAGUUUAAGCAACAUGACCUCCCGGCUGCAGAACUUAACCAUGACUGCUGAGCAAAAGGAGUCAGAGCUCACUGAGCUGAGAGAGACCAUCGAAAUGCUGAAGACACAAAAUUCUGCAGCUCAAGCUGCCAUCCAGGGAGCUUUAAAUGGCCCAGAUCACACAAACAAAGAUAUACGGAUUAGAAGACAACAUUCAUCAGACAGUGUUUCCAGCAUCAACAGUGCGACCAGCCAUUCGAGCAUUGGGAGUGCAAAUGAUAUUGAUUCGAAGAAAAAGAAGAAGAAACAGAGUUGGCUGAGAAGCUCCUUCAAGCAAGCCUUUGGUAAAAAAAAAUCAUCAAAACCCAAUCUCUCCCAUUCGGACAUUGAGGAAGUCACAGACCCUUCAAUUCCAUCAUCUCCCAACUCACACCAAGACUCAACAGAUCCUGCGUCCCUGAAACCAUCACAUUCCACAUCUGCCAUCUGUGAGUGCACUGAGACAGAAGCUGAGGCCAUUGUGCACCUGAAGAGUGAGCUGCGGGAGAAGGAACUCAAACUGACUGAUAUCCGCUUGGAAGCACUUAGCUCUGCCCACCACCUGGACCAGAUCCGGGAAGCAAUGAACAGGAUGCAGAACGAGAUUGAACUUCUGAAAGCAGAAAAUGAUCGUUUAAAAUCAGAGACGGGAAGUAGCAGUGGAGCAGGACAGACGCAAUCCCAGUCAUCAACCUCAUCUUCCACUUCCUCCUCCCGCCAUUCCCUGGGACUUUCCCUCCACAAUCUCAACGUCACCGGAGCUGCAACAACAGACAGUUUGCUUGAUGAAGGAUCCGAUGGCUCCUUUCGGAAGGAGAGCUGUAGUGUGCGAAUAAUGAUUUGCCUGAACAAACAACUCCAGCGGACUAAGGAUGAAAAGUCUCCUCAGUACCUGAUAGGUUCAUUAGGAGUCAGUGGAAAGACAAAGUGGGAUGUUCUUGAUGGUGUAAUCCGUCGAUUGUUUAAGGAGUAUAUUUUCCGUUUGGACCCCAGCACAAGCCUCGGUCUGUCAUCUGACAGCAUUCUCAGCUACAAUAUAGGAGAGAUAGUGAGAGCGUAUAACUUGGAACUGCCAGAGCUACUGCCCUGUGGCUAUCUGGUUGGAGAAAGCAACAUCAUUACUGUGAAUCUAAAAGGUGUGGCAGAGAAUAGUGUGGACAGCCUGGUGUUUGAGACACUGAUUCCAAAACCCUUAAUGCAUCGUUACCUCAACGUCCUUCUAGAACAUCGAAGGAUCAUCCUCUCGGGGCCUAGUGGGACUGGCAAAACCUAUUUGGCCAAUAAACUUGCUGAAUUCCUGGUGAAUAGGGCUGGAAGAGAGCUCGCUGAUGGGUCAAUAGCCACUUUUAACGUGGAUCACAAAUCGAGCAAGGAAUUACGCCAAUACCUCUCAAAUCUGGCCGAUCAGUGCACUACUGCAGAUAAUGGCUCAGACCUGCCUUUAGUGAUAAUCUUGGAUAACCUCCAUCAUAUUGGUUCAUUGAGUGACAUCUUCAAUGGAUUCCUCAAUUGUAGAUACCACAAGUGUCCCUAUGUUAUUGGAACAAUGAACCAAGCUGUCUCUUCUUCUGCUAACUUGGAACUCCACCACAAUUUCAGGUGGGUACUCUGUGCCAAUCAUACCGAACCUGUGAAGGGAUUCCUGGGUCGAUAUUUGCGCCGUAAGCUAAUUGAGACUGAAAUCGAUAGAAAUAUGCGCAACAGUGACCUCUUGAAAAUCAUUGACUGGAUCCCCAAAGUGUGGCAACAUUUAAAUGGUUUCUUAGAGACACACAGUUCAUCCGAUGUUACUAUUGGUCCACGUCUCUUCCUGUCAUGCCCUUUGGAUGUAGAUGGCUCCAGAGUUUGGUUCACAGACCUGUGGAAUUAUUCUCUGAUACCAUACCUUCUGGAAGCAGUUCGUGAAGGCCUUCAGUUAUAUGGCAAGAGAGCACAAUGGGAAGAUCCUGCCAAGUGGGUCGUAGACACCUACCCGUGGAAUGCUGGCUCGCUGCAGCAUGAGUGGCCAUCGCUACUGCAACUUCGACCUGAGGAUGUGGGCUAUGAUGGUCACACGUCGGCCAAGGAAGGAGGCUCCUCCAAGCACAUCCCCCAAAGUGACAGUGAUGGUGACCCAUUGAUGAAUAUGUUGAUGAGGCUUCAAGAGGCAGCGAAUUACUCCAGUGCACAGAGCUGUGACAGUGACAGCGCCAGUCACCAUGAUGACAUUUUAGAUUCAUCCUUGGAAUCGACUCUGUGAAGUGAAUUCAGUGUGUGCUGGGGAUGUGUGAGUUUUCGUUCCUGCUGCAGAUGCUGACCUCCGUUGAGGGUGUGAAGCCAUGCAAGUGAGGGAUGAAGAUUCUCAGUGCUGUGGUGAACCGAUUUGAGUUUCAUUCAUCGACUUGACUUGUACAUAACAGAUAAAAUAUAUACACACACAAACAAACAAACAAAAAAAAAUUGCACAUGAAAUCAAGCCAAACUGGAAUUUUUGCAAAGUAUUUACAUGUGUAAACCUGAUUUUAAUUUUAAUUGAGGUGCUGCAAGGAGUGGAUUAGACUGUUGCUGGUCCAUCUCCAUCCUAACCUCAGCUCUCUGUUGUAUUGGUGCUGGUUGAAAAAGCCAGAAACAGUCCUUGGUUUACACACACUGCCCACAAUCCCAGCAGCUUUGUACACAAUAAGCACAACGUUGGGAAAGGGGACGUGCAAUGUGCAAUCGCCGUGGGGUCAACUUUUGAAAACAUGCUGGACACAGAGCUCAGCUUUUCCUGGUGCUGCUGGUCGAAGCAUUUUUUUUCUUUCUAAAAGGCUUCAUUUAAUGGAUUUCUACUGCUGUAUGUUGUAGUUUUUUUAAUUUAAAUUUCAAGUCUUUUAACUUGAAGAAAAGGUCUCUCAGUCACCAGACUUACUUAAACCUCCACUACUGGUACAAGUGAUAACCUUGGCUUGUGAAGGGCUACAUCAAUAGAGGUUGUGGAAAGUCUUUCAGUGUCCAAGUGGGAAUAAUGUUCAUUAUGGUGCUGAAUCACUUGCCUUAUUCUCAACAGGUUACAGGACUUAAAUAAAGCCAUUUAAUUUUGUCUGCAAAUAUUUGUAUCUUGCAACUCUUUAUUUAUGGAGUUUGGAGGACGUGAAAUGGAGUAGGUUUGAUAAUUUCACACUGGUUUGUCCUUCAGUAGGGGUAGUUCCUACUUAUUCUCCCACAGUCAGGGGCUGCAUUUUACUCUGUACCUAAAAGGGAAAUUUGAAUUAUCUUCAACAAGCAAAUACUUAUCAUAAAACCCACUCCUGUUCACUGUCUCUUCCUGCUUCCCUCUGUCUCCUCCUCCCUUUUCUUUUUUAAUAGUAUUUACAAGUCAUAGCUUCUGUGAAAUGACUGAAAGAUAAUAAUAGGUAGAUGCAUAAAAUGGUUCUCCACUGACUCUAACCCAGCAGAGCUGGGCGCAUUUGGCGGAAGGGCAUGAGCACAAAAUAUUCUCUUGUAUAAACUCAGCAUGUUUUUACUACCUAUAUGCAAAGCUGAAUCUCUUUCAAAGAGAAGGAGAGCCAGUUUUAAUGUCAGCCCCCAUCUCCUGGCACUCUUUUUACAGACAAACCCCAAUCCCACACAGCCUCCUCCCUGGACUCAUCAACUCUGUAUUCACAAGAAUACAAACGGACUUUCAAAACUCUUCAACCUGAUUCAGAUAGCCAAUACCAAUUCCUCCCACUGCCCCCCGCAACUCCAAACCCUAAGGCAGGUUAACGGUAAAAUAAAUAAAGAAUUGUGGAUGCUGGAAAUCUGAAACAAAACCAGAAAGUGCUGGAGAAAUUCAGAAACUGUUCUGAAGAAGGGUCACUGGAUUUUAAACUUUGAUUCUGAGUUCUGUCCGUAAAUGCUACCAGACCUGCCAACGUUCUCCAGCAAUUCCUGCUUCAGUUGAGGUUUAGAAUUAAAACUGGCCUUUCACAUGGUCAACAUUAGGAAAAGCACCUCACUCUGGGAUGGGGGGUGGGGGUGUUGUCUGGGAGGGGGACCGUGAAGAGUGCAUUUCAUUGGGGUUUUCUCUCAAAUCCCAUGAAGAGGUGGGGGGAGAGCAAGUUCAUUUGAUUUCUUUGUGUUUAGAAAGGGUUUUUGCACAAACAUCAGAAAUUGUAAAUAGAGAAACAAAAUAAGAGGAAGAAAUGUGUUUUGUUUUGCCUUGCACAGUAAAGAGUUGAGAAUUUCUGAUAUAUGUAUUACUUGGUGUAAACAUUUACUUUACUUGACUAUGCUGGGAUUUUUGUAAACACUGUUGAGAAUUCUCUGUCUAGACGGGAUGUGUUUUAUUUUGUGUGAUAAUCAUUACUAGGAACUGCCCUCCAUCAGAGAUUAAUGAGCCACAGGCGGACCACUGCCAAUUUUUAAUCAUCUUGUUCAUUGGGGCAUCUUCACUGAAUGUUGGGUUAGUUUUAGCCUGUAUAGCACAAUUCUACUGUUCACCCAAACUGCUCACUCUUGAUACUAUCCAGCUCCCUCACAGCCAGCUCUUGGACUGAACAGGAUCUCUGGUCGACCCAUUGUCUCAGCCUGUUCCUGCCCCACCGAACACAUCUCCACCUAUCUGGACUCCAUUUUCUCCCCUUUGGUCCAAGAACUUCCCACCUACGUCCGUGACACCACCCACGCCCUCCACCUCCUCCAGAACUUCCAACUCCCUGGCCCCCAACACCUCAUUUUCACCAUGGACGUCCAGUCCCUAUACACCUGCAGUCCGCAUGCACAUGGCCUCAAGGCCCUCUGCUUCUUCCUGUCCCGCAGGCCUGACCAGUCCCCCUCCACCGACACCCUCAUCCGCCUAGCCGAACUCGUCCUCACCCUCAACAACUUCUCUUUCAAUUCCUCCCACUUCCUACAUACAAAGGGGGUGGCCAUGGGCACCCGCAUGGGCCCCAGCUAUGCCUGCUUCUUGGUAGGUUACGUGGAACAGUCCCUCUUCCGCAUCUACACAGGCCCCAAACCCCACCUCUUCCUCCGGUACAUUGAUGACUAUCGGCGCUGCCUCCUGCUCCCCAGAGGAGCUCGAACAGUUCAUCCACUUCACUAAGACCUUCCACCCCAACAUCAAGUUCACCUGGGCCAUCUCCAACACAUCCCUCACCUUCCUGGACCUCUCAGUCUCCAUCUCAGGCAACCAGCUUGUAACUGAUAUCCAUUUCAAGCCCACCGACUCCCACAGCUACUGAGAAUACACCUCCUCCCACCCACCCUCUUGCAAAAAUUCCAUCCCCUAUUCCCAAUUCCUCCACCUCCGCCGCAUCUGCUCCCACGAUGAGGCAUUCCACUCCCGCACAUCCCAGAUGUCCAAGUUCUUCAAAGACCGCAAUUUUCCCCCGACAGUGGUCGAGACCGCCCUUGACCGCGUCUCCCGCAUUUCCUGCAACACAUCCCUCACACCCCGUCCACGCCACAACCGCCCAAAGAGGAUUCCCCUCGUUCUCACACACCACCCCGCCAACCACCGGAUACAACGCAUCAUCCUCCGACACUUCCGCCAUCUACAAUUCAAGACAUUUUUCCAUCCCCACCCCUGUCUGCUUUCCGGAGAGACCACUCUCUCCGUGACUCCCUUGUUCGCUCCACACUGCCCUCCAACCCCACCACACCCGGCACCUUCCCCUACAACCGCAGGAAGUGGUACACUUGCCCCCACACCUCCUCCCUCACCCCUAUCCCAGGCCCCAAGAUGACUUUCCAUAUUAAGCAGAGGUUCACCUGCACAUCUGCCAAUGUGGUAUACUGUAUCCAUUGUACCCAGUGUGGCUUCCUCUACACUGGGGAAACCAAGCGGAGGCUUGGGGACCGCUUUGCAGAACACCUCUGCUCGGUUCGCAACAAACAACUGCACCUCCCAGUCGCGAACCAUUUCCACUCCCCCUCCCGUUCUUUAGAUGACACGUUCAUCAUGGGCCUCCUGCAGUGCCACAAUGAUGCCACUCAAAGGUUGCAGGAACAGCAACUCAUAUUCCGCUUGGGAACCCUGCAGCCCAAUGGAAUCAAUGUGGACUUCACCAGCUUCAAAAUCUCCCCUUCCCCCAACGCAUCCCAAAACCAGCCCAGUUCGUCCCCUCCCCCCACUGCAUCACACAACCAGCCCAGCUCUUCCCCUCCCCCUACUGCAUCCCAAAACCAGCCCAGCCUGUCUCUGCCUCCCUAACCUGUUCUUCCUCUCUCCCAUCCCUUCCUCCCACCCCAAGCCGCACCUCCAUUUCCUACCUACUAACAUCAUCCCACCUCCUUGACCUGUCCAUCUUCCCUGGACUGACCUAUCCCCUCUCUGCCUCCCCACCUAUACUCUCCUCUCCACCUAUCUUCUUUUCUCUCCAUCUUCGGUCUGCCUCCCCCUCUCUCCCUAUUUAUUCCAGAACCCUCACCCCAUCCCCCUCUCUGAUGAAGGGUCUAGGCCCGAAACGUCAGCUUUUGUGCUCCUGAGGUGCUGCUUGGCCUGCUGUGUUCAUCCAGCUUCACACUUUAUUAUCUAGGAUCUCUGACAUUCCUGUUUAUAUCUGUCAGCCAGGGCUCCCUGAUUGGACCAGGUUAACAGCCCAAUCUGGGAACUCAGAUUCUGUGAGGUCCACCUGGCUGACCUUGUUCCAGUCCCUACAGUUAGAGCAUGUAUAGCACAAGUUCACUCUUUUCCCAAAAUGCCCAUCUUUGACACAUCUCAGCGAGACUUGGGGAAGUGUUUUUGUGUGAAACAGUUUUCUGUAAAACAUAUUUUGUAUUCUGUACAUUUUGAUGUAACAUACAAUGUAAAUAAUCAGUGACAGCAACAACAAAAUGAGAAAAUGAUGAAAACAAUCACGGGGAGAGUUUUUUUGCAGUCUUUUUCAGGUGUUAACUUUUGAGUUUGAGUUAUUUGGGUGUAACCAGACAAAUGAAUCGUUAAUAUCUGGUUUUAAUGUGUCUCUCCAUCUUGUAUUUGAAUUUUUUUUUCCAAAUUAUGCACAUUGUGUCUGUCUAAAUUAUGA